UUUUUGAAUCAUACCUAUUAUCUUGCACAGCUCACAUCUUACAAAUGUCGUUCUUUUGAUGAUCAACCUUAAUCUGACACUCGAUGCUUCUACUUGGACCUAGAAAGCAAUUUAAAGGCAAUCGUUUUCCAAUGAUUUGUAAUACUUGCGGAAAGCCGUAGUAUGAACAUAAGCGAUAUUGAGGUAUUCGUCUAACACGAUUUUGUUUUAAAUGGAAUAUAUUACCCCUAUUCGUACAGAAAACUCGAUACCCCAUACUUUACAUACCUACCUGGGAACGUGUGCUUCAAGCCUUACCUCCAAAACUUUGGCGUCGGCGUUAGAUGAUAGAACCGUCAAAAUUUGGGAUACAGAAACAUGGUCCCUCCAUCAAAUUUUCACUGUUAAAAUACAGCCAUAUCGAUUGCACUCUCAUGAUUUAAAGCUUCUAGCCUCGGGACAAGGCUACUAUGGUAUCAAAAUUUGGAAUGUGGAAAUACAAUCUCUCCAACGAACACUUGAGACCCAUGAGUAGCGUGUUUACUCAGUGAUGUUUUCUCACAACUUGGAACUUUUAGCUUCAAGCACAGAAAGCCAGACCAGAAUUUGGGAUGUGGAAACGGACAAGCUGCAAGGAUCGUUCGGAAUCCCAUAUAAAUCUAGCGAGUGCCUUCUCACAUGAUUCAAUGUUGUUGGCCUUGGCGUUAAGCAAGGGUGCCGUCAAGAUUUUAGCUGCGGCGGUGAUAUUAACGCCUUCCCAACAAACGCCGAAUAUAGCCUACUCGAAGAUUUUGGGCGGAGCAUGGGGUUCUGACUUUUAUAUUUGGGAUGUAUCGACUGGAUGCCCCCAAAUGAAGUUGUGUAGAGAAACUCAGGGGUUGACUCAAUCGAUGAUAUACUAUAAUGACCCGCAAUUUUUGGCCGUGGUGUCUGAUAAUAUCAUUGAGACUUGGAGUAUAGAGACUAGGGCCCUCAAACAAACAGAUACGAGGAGAAUCCUAGCUUCGACUCAAACCCCUGAAUCAGGCCGUAACCAAGUAGAAAAAGGGCACGACAAUGACCUUAGCUACGAUCAAUCCUGGAUCACUUGCAAAGGGUAUCCCUUUCAUUGGCAUACGACUACAGUCUCCACAAAACCGGUAACUGUACAUCGGCGAUAGCACAGGCCCUUUAAACCCGUGAGCGUUGAGGCUCCC